CUGCUCUCUGAGGCAGUUGUGAGAGUUAUUUGUCAGGUUGAGAGGUGUUAGCCCUGGAGCUGGAAAUUCUGACUCAGGAGCAAAAACUGUGGAUUCCUCAUCUCAUUUUAUCGAGUUUCUGGUUAAAUGGCGGGACAGGAGAGCUUUGCAGGUUUUGAUGUAGCUCAACAAAAUCAUUAUUACUGGUACUGGCAAAGAGUGAAGCAGGAGUUCCAGCCCCACCGGGGUUACCCUUUUGACAACUGGUAUGAGGAACAACAGCACAACUGUUAUCCUCUUCCCGGCUACAGCUGUGGUUUUGCAGUGAAUGGAAAUGAAUACAACCUUUCUGCAUGUGGGACUUCUGGACACCCAACUGAAACUUCAGUUAUGCCUGAGGAAGCCACAGCUCUGGUGGAAAACCAAGAUGAAGACCUACUAGAAGAUCCCAAUCUUCAUUUGAAUAUUGAGGAAUUAAACAAAGAGUUUAUGAUGAAAAGUGAAGAACUCUACGACUCCCUCAUGAAUUGCCACUGGCAGCCCCUGGAUACAGUUCACUCUAAAAUCCCAGAUGAGUCCUCACAGAAGCCAGAUGUUCAUUAAGUUACCCAAUUACCAUAUUAAUUGUAUCCUAUUUUGCUUUUGUUUGUCAAAAAAUUUCUCCCAGGAAUACACUGGGUUCUGUAUGUAAACACAAAUAUCUAGAACUUAAAUAUGAUUGAAAUGAUAGAACAUAAUGUAAAUA